UGUUGUGGAGCACGGGCCCUAGGCACGUGGGCUUCAAUAGUUGUGGCACAUGGGCUCAGCAGUUGUGGCUCAUGGGCUCUAGAGCACAGGCUCAAUAGUUGUGGCACACGGGCUUAGUUGCUCCAUGGCAUGUGGAAUCCUCCCAGGGCAGGGCUCGAACCCAUGUCCCCUGCAUUGGCAGGUCGAUUCUUUACCACUGCGCCAUCUAGAAAGUCCGAGACAGCCUUUUAACAUAUGGUGCUGGAGCGCUCAGACAUCCACAGGCAAAAAUAGACCUCAACCUAAGUCUCACACUUUAUAAAAUGUUACUUAAAAUAGAUCAUGAACUGAAAUGUAAAACAAAAGUAUAAAACUUUUAGAAAAAAAAAUAGGAAAAAAUCUUCAGGAUCUAGGGCUAAGCAAAGAGUUCUUAGACUUGACACCACAAGCAUCCAUAAAAGGAAAAAUUGAUAAAUUGAACUUCAAAAAUUUUAAACUUUUGUCCUGCAAAAGACUUUGUUAAGAGGAUGAAGACAAGUUGCACAUUAGGAGAAAAUGUUUUCAAAUGACAGAUCCAACAAAGGACUAGUACCCAGAAUAUGUGAAGAACUCUCAAAACUCAACAGCAAAAAGAGCCCAAACAAUACAGUCAGAAAAUGGGCAAAAGACAGGAACACAUUUCACCAAAGAGGAUAGCGAAUAAGCACACAAAAGGAUGCUCAACAUCAUUAGCUACUAGAGAAAUACAAGUUAAAACCACAAGAAGAUGCCAUCACUACACACUUGUCAGAAUGGCUAAUAUAAAAAAUAGUGGGUUUUUUUGUUUUGUUUCGUUUUGUUUUGUUUCCUUUUGUUUUGUUUUAUUUCGUUUUGUUUUGUUUUUGUUUAUUUUGUUUUUUUUGGUUUAUUUUUUUGACUCUUCAGAGAGGCAAGAGUAAUUUCUCCCCUUCACUAUCAGGAAUCUGAGAUUCCGUUACUCCCAGAGAGACCCCUUUCUCUCGUUCUUUUCUUUGCACCUUUGCUCUUCUGCGGGCUAGACUCUCCCUCGGUCCUCCAAGACGUCUUGCCACUUUAUUUGAUUUGAGUUCUGUUCAUUGAGAGAACAGACUUAUCUUUCCUUCCCCUUUUUAGCGGGUUCUCGCCCGCCUCCAUCCUUGUCCUCGGCCUGAGGCAUGGAGCCUGACGGCUCUCGGGCAUCCCCACCCCGGGAGGGCUCUUCCUUUACUGGACCGUGGCCUUCCUCCACCCUCGGACAGACCUUCUCCCAGAUCUUGCACCACCUUGCCGGCCAGGGAUCCAGACAGGCCAAGGCCAGAAAUGCAGCUCUUCAGGACCUCAGUGCUCUCCUGGAAGACAAAGAAUGUGAUCAGUUAUUUGAGGGGAGCGACACCUCGCUCCGUGGGAUGCCCGAGAUGCUGGGGCAGGUGGCACAAGCCCUGGGGAAGUAUGCAGCCCCUCCCGAGGAGCCGGAAGGAAGAGGCGAUCGUCACUCCCAAGUGGCCGAGAAAGCGGCCACAGUUGGGUUGCUGUUUCUUAAGCUGUUGAGGAAAGCUGAGGCCGCCAAGAAUUCCUUGGUGUGCCCUGCAUGGAAGACAGGUCUCCGUCACCUGGCAGGACCCAUCUAUAUUUUUGUAGUCACACACAGCUCGGAGCAACCGUGGACCAGCCCAAGAUCUCAGGAGGUCGCUGGACAGGUGCUCGCCUUACUGCUUCAGGUUACUGAGUGUGGUUCUGUGGCUGGAUUCCUCCGCGGAGAAAAUGAAGAUGAGAAAGGGAGGUUUACUGCAAUCAUGGGGCUUCUCAAACCAGACUUGAAUAAGGACUCCUGGAAGAAUAACCCGGCCACCAAACAUGUUUUCUCAUGGACUCUGCGAAGGGUCACUUGACCCUGGCUGAGCCAGCAUCUGGAAAGGAUACUGCCCCCAUCAUUGCUCAUCUCAGAUGACUAUCAAACCGAGAACAAAAUUCUGGGUGUCCACUGCCUCCAUCACAUUGUGCUCAACGUGCCAGCUGCUGAUUUGCUGCAGUACAACAGGGCCCAGGUCCUCUACCACGCCCUUUUCAACCACCUGUACACACGGGAGCACCACGUCAUUCAGGCUGUGCUCCUGUGUCUGCUGGAUUUAUUCCCCAUCCUGGAGAAGGCCCUGCACUGGAAGGGAGCUGCGGCCCGACCCACCACCCACUGUGACGAGGUCCUGCAGCUGAUCCUGACGCACAUGGAGCCCGAACACCAACUUCUCUUAUGCAGGACUUACGCAAGAAGACUACCAGCUUUUGUGAAGAGAUUGGGGAUCUUAGCUGUCCGGCACUUAAAGAGACUGGAGCGAGUCGUCAUUGGUUAUCUGGAGGUUUAUGAUGGACCCGAAGAGGAGGCUAGAUUGAAGAUACUGGAAACCCUAAAACUUCUCAUGCAGCACACAUGGCCCAGAAUUUCCUGUAGACUUGUGGUCUUAUUGAAAGCUCUCUUGAAACUGAUAUGUGAUGUAGCAAGGGAUUCAAGCCUCACACCCGAGUCUGUUAAGAGCGCCUUGUUAGAAGAGGCCACAGACUGCCUGAUACUGCUGGACCGCUGCUCUCAAGGACAGGUGAAGGGUCUCCUGGCUAAAAUCCCCCAAAGCUGUGAAGACAGUAAGGUGGGGAACUGCAUCCGAAGAGUGCAGCGGGCUUCUGAAGGCACUUCCUAUGACGCAACUUAAGACCUGUAUUACUUUCCUGAAGAGGAAAGGAUUUUCUUUCUGUUCCAGUUGUUUUAAGUGGAAUUAUUUCAAGAAAAAGAGGGCUUCAAACUUAACUUCAAUUUCUUCUGAAAGAUUUGCAAGAAUGCCUGUUUUGACUCAGGGAAGAUGAAAACUCACUAGCCAGCUUUAAGCAAAAACUGUCUGCACUUGGUGGUGGAGAAUGAAAAAUGAACAGCAAGUACUUACUGCAGACACUCAGCAGUGUCCUCCUUUCUUCUCUAUGUCUCUAAGCUAAAACUUAUGCUAGCCCUUAAAGGCAAAUUUACACUCUCCUGAGAACCAAAUCUUCGUUUCACUACAUCACAAACUAUUAUUUAUAAUACAUCUAUUAGUGGAAAAAAAAAAAAUAGUGACCACACCAAAUGCUGAUGAAGAUGCAGGGAAACUGGGUCACUCAUGCAUGGCUGGUAGGGAUGUAAAAUGGGGCAGCUGCUCUGGAAAAGAGUUUGGCAGUUUCUUUAAAAACUAAAUAUCCGGACUUCCUAGGUGGUGCAGUGGUUAAGAAUCUGCCUGCCAACGCAGGGGACACAGGUUCAAUCACUGCCCCAGGAAGAUACCACAUGCCGUGGAACAACUAAGCCCAUGUGCCACAACUAUUGAGCCUGUGCUCUAGAGCCCAUGAGCCACAACUUUUGAGCCCAUGUGCCACAACUACUGAAGCCCACAUUCCUAGAGCCAGUGCUCCACAACAAAAGAGGCCACCACAAUGAGGAGCCCGUGCUUGCUGCAACUAGAGAAAGCCCAUGUGCAGCAACGAAGACCCAACACAGCCAAUUAAAUAAAUAAAUAAAUAAAUUUAAAAAACAAAAAACAAACAAUAUGCAACUACCACAUGACCUAGGGAUUUCAUUCCUAUACAUUUACCCCAGAGAAACGAAGACUUGUUCACAAGCAAGACCCAUACACAGAAGUGUUUAGCAGCUUUAUUCAUAAGAGCCACAAACUGCAAGCAACACAGAUGUCCUUUAAUGAGUGAGCAGUUAAACCAGCGAGGGCAUAUCCAUGCUAUGGGAUGCUACCCAGAAAUGAGAAGAGAUGAACCAUUGAUACACAACAGCCUGGAGAAAUCUCCAGAGAGUUUUGGCGAAUGAGAAAAGCCAGUCUCUCAAAGUUAUAAACUCUGUGAUUCCACUUAUAUGACAUUCUUGAAAUGACAAAAUUAUAGGUAUGGAGGACAGGUUAGUGGUUGCCAGAGGUUAAGGAGGGAAUAUGUGGGUUAUAAAAGUGGUAAUAGUUAUAAAAAUCCAGCAGGAGGGGUCUUUUUUUAGUGGUGGGAAUGUCUAUGUCUUAUCAGUAUCCUGGUGGUGAUACCGUCCUACAGUGUUACUUGGGGGAAACUGAGUAAAGGGUACACAGGAUGUCUCUGUGCUGUUUCUUACAACUGCAUGUGAAUCUGCAUUCUCUCCAAAUAAAAAGUUUAGUUUAAAAAGGAAGAAGAGGCAGAACAUAAGCUGUGCCAGAAGCCAUAACGGGCAGCUCCGUGGGUGGACAGGUGUGGGAGCAGGGU